AUGGCAAUCAACUUUACAAGGCUGAUCAAAUUCAUCUAUGUCUCGAGCGCUUACGCCUGCUCGUUCCUCCCAAAUGGCCCUGUGGAAGAAGUGUAUCCGAUCGUCAAUGCAGAUCAGGUCUUCGAAGACAUUUUCAGAGGGCGUCAGAAUAAGUGGCCCGGAUACGCUUGGCCCAUAGGUCCUGCCAUUGAACAGCCGCAUGAGCUAUACGGGUUUCAGGCAUCCAUCCCUCUCAAUAAUUUCUUCUCACGUCUGCUGUCGGCUUCAGGCGGAGCAGUUGUUCUCCAAGCGGCAGCAGGUUCAGCCUCUGGUGGCAAUAUUCUUGACGAAACCCCAGUCGAUUUGGUAGCCAAUAUCAUGCUCCAACAUGAUCAGAUAGGAACCGAAGGAGUGAUACAUGCGUGCAGCCGAAGCUACAUUCCAAAAGACUUUGGAUUCUUUCAUCGCCGAGGUCCAGCGAAGUCUUCCGAAAGACCACCGAGAAAAGAUGCCAGAGAUAGUCUUCACGCAAACCCCAAACGACCCGAUAUCGCCUAUUGCUCAGUUCUACCGGAUGGCCCAUCGGAACUGGGAUUUCCGUAA